AUGGAGCUCGUGGCGGGGUGCUACGAGCAGGUGCUGCUGGGGUUCGCCACGCGGCCCGGCCAGUCCUGGACAGUCGUCCCUGAUUUUACACAUCAUGCCCACUCUGCCUCAUUGUCAGCAGUAGCAGUGAAUAACAGAUAUGUGGUCACUGGGAGCAGGGAUGAGACAAUCCAAAUAUAUGACAUGAAAAAGAAGAUAGAACACGGGGCACUGCUACAGCACAAUGGCACGAUAACUUGUUUGGAGUUCUAUGGUACUGCACAUCUAUUGAGUGGGGCAGAAGAUGGACUCAUUUGUAUCUGGAACACAAAGAGAUGGGAAUGUCUGAAAUCCAUUAAGGCGCAUAAGGGACAUGUGACAUCUCUCUCUAUUCAUCCUUCUGGGAAGUUAGCUCUGUCAGUUGGAACAGAUAAAACAUUAAGAACUUGGAAUCUUGUUGACGGGAAAUCAGCCUUCAUCAAAAACCUGAAGCAAAAUGCACACAUAAUUAAAUGGUCCCCUGAUGGAGAGAGGUAUGUGACCGUGAUAACAAACAAAGUGGAUGUCUACAGACUGGACACAGCUUCAAUCACUGGCACCAUUACAACAGAGAAGAGGAUUUCUUCACUUAGAUUUAUUACAGAUUCUAUCCUUGCCAUAGCUGGAGGUGAUGAAAUGAUYAGGUUCUACAGCUGUGACUCUCAAAAAUGCCUGUGUGAAUUUAAAGCUCAUGAAAACAGAAUAAAAGAUAUUCAUAGUUUUGAAAGAGAAGGACAGCAUGUUAUUGUUACUGCAUCUAGUGAUGGUUACAUUAAAAUGUGGAAUCUGGAUCUUGAUAAGAUUAAAGAUAGGCCGUCUUUACUAUGUGAAGUCAAUACCAAAGCUAGGCUGACAUGUCUUGCAGUAUGGCUUGACCAAGCUUCAGAAAUGAAAGAAAACUCUGAUAAAACUGCAACAGCAUCUGAAGAAACAGAAGAUGACAAACCAUCAAUAGCCAGGGAAGACAAAGCUUUUGGGCCUAACAAGUGUGUUAAAACAGCAAAAAGAAAGAGAAAAAAUAUUUCCGAGAAACAAAAGCUGGAUGCUCCAUUGCAAAAGAAGAAAAAGAAAUAGAAUAGCUUGGCAUGAAGGCACCUACUGCUCUCCUGUAUAAAACGUAAAUGUUAGUGUUGCCCUAAUUUUUAUAAUGUAAACUCUAACAGGACAUACACCUCUGAUCUGAUGUGUUGUUUAAAAGUAAUUGAUGUUCUUAUCCUAAUAAAUUGACUGAUCAUUUUGGKAACUUUCCCUGAGUGAACAAAGCAAAAAAGAAUUUGUAAUAUGUAAUAUUUAUAUUUUUGUAUUAAAAAUACCGUAUGCUUUUUAAUUGGCUCUGGAAAAGGCCAACUAAAAUAAUAAAAACAGCUGCAUCUAUCUCACUUAUAUGUGAACGUUUUCAUUUUAAUGUUGAAAAUGUUACUGUUCAUUUGACUCCAAAUAUGAUCUGCCUUUGUUCUGCAUUACUUUUCCUACUGUAGGAAGAAUCGUGUUAAAAUUAAUUAAAAUAUGAUGAUCAUGUUCCUUUUACACACCUACAGAAAACUGUACUUUCUAGUUCUUCWCAUAGACUUACAUCUGGACUUUAAAAGCACAAUGUUUGGCUUUUUUACUGUGUUCACACAUAAUACGAACUUCARUUUUUUUGGAUCUUUGUACCCAUGGUUCAAUGAUUAAAACCUUUUGUUCAGAAUGUGAUAUAUAAUUUUAGGUGGAAGAGUUUAUAUCCAUAAGCUUUUACCUUUUCUUCCCCCUUUCCACUGUAUUUUUUCAAGUUCUUGAUCUGAGCCAUAUUCUUAAAAAAGAAUUAUAUAACAUUUGAAAUGUUUGCCAUGCUGAUAAAAUGUCACCUGUUUUGAUUGCACUUAAACAAGAAGUGAAUUCAUGACCUUCUCCAUCAGUAGGAACAGGAAUUUAUCCUAAGCCUUAUUACAAACAUCCAGUAGGAAAAACAAAGUUGAGCUGGAGAGAAAAAGGUCAAAGAGUUGUACUAAAUGUUCCCUGUCUUUAUUUUAAGGUUUAAAGCAUGUUAAUGUUGUUUUCUGCACUGCUGGAGUAGUCAUUACUAUUUCUGUUUUCAAAGAGUAAUUGUAAUUAUGCUUCAUUCUGAUUCACUUCAUCUYUUCCUCCUUAUUUGUGUAGCAAGAGAAAAAGUAGAGAAAAAAGAUUGAGCCAAAUUUGGAGACAGGCUGAUUUAGGGAUGUAAAUUAGGAUGUAACUCCAGUUCAGCUCUAUACUCUGACACUGAAACAAAGGGAGCAUCAUCAGUGCUGUUACCAAAUUGUUCAUGUGGCAGUGGCAGUAUUCUCUUGGGUGUCCAUAUUUACCUUCUGCAACUGWUUUCUUUAUUUAGAUGAAUGAUCAGAUCCCCUUAUCUGGAUAUUCAACAUAGUUGAUUUAUGCAAGCUCAGUUUAAUUCAACAUUAAAGGGAUUUAAUUUGAGCUUACGCAGACAGCUUUUAAUUGUAAGGAUUUGCUAAAUGUUUGUGUUCACAAACACAGGCAAAUAAUGUAAAGUUMAAAUGGYUYGUUGAUUGACAGAAAGRUACCAAAACAUUUUUAAUUUAUGAGGCUUCUACAGUAAAUAAAGGACUUAAAAAGCAUAAGCUUAAAUAAGGGAAUUGUGUACAGUGUUUUCACUUGUAGUGUGUUAUGUCUAUUUAAUAGUGCUUAUCUUAUGUCCUUGACAAAAUGGCUGCCACUACUAAACGAGAUUCUAUUGUUUGAAUUUUUAAAURUAUGAGCUCAUGGCCACACUCAUAACAAUUCCAGAAGCAGGAUUGCAGAAGCACCGGAAAGGAAAUCCAGUCUGCACAUAAUUUUAAGAAUUAAAAAGCAAAAAUUCYGCAGAGUUUGGCUUCUAAAGUUUGGACUUAGAAGUAAUAAUUAGACAUUCAUAAAAAUCCAAAAGUCCCUGUGUAGURACAGAGAAUUAUGCAUCUUGUGAGGCUCAGAACAAUUUGUGAACUGUAGACAGAGAAGAACAGUCCUUAGGGAAGAACCCACAUUUUUUUAUACCUUGAGUGAAUACUCUGCUGCUAAUGAGUACUUGGCAAAUUGUUUUUGUUUCCUUGUGUACAUCUUCCUUUUCAGCAUGUUUUCCUUUCUUGUUUUUGAGGAACUGCUUAGAAUGGUGAGGGGAGGCAGCAGUGCAGAGCGAGGAGAUGUCAGCAGUGAGAAAGCUGUCCCUGCCAGAAGGCGUGGGCAUGCAUGACACUGGGCGARUAGAUGGAGCCAUAGCUGCAAGAAACAACAGCUGAGCCC